AUGGGCUCCGCCUCCGGCUCCAAGGAGGGGGACGAGUGGGUGCUCAGCCACGGCGACGUGGUGCUCAUCCGCUCCGACCUCGCCAUCCUCCGCGGGCCCCGCUUCAUCAACGACCGCAUCAUCGCCUUCUACUUCGCGCACCUCUCCGCCGGCCUCCACAGCGACGAUAUCCUCCUGCUCCCACCCUCCAUCCCCUACCUCCUCUCCAACCUCCCCGACCCGGCCUCCGUCGCCGACCCGCUCCGCCUCGCCUCCCGCCGCCUCGUCCUGCUCCCCGUCAACGACAACCCCGACGCCUCCGUCGCCGAGGGCGGCGCCCACUGGACCCUGCUCGUCCUCGACAGCGCCACCAGCCGCUCCGCGCCCUGCUUCGUCCACCACGACAGCCUCCGCGGCGCGCCCAACCUCCCCAUCGCCGCCGGCCUCGCCGACGCGCUCCGCCCCCCUGCUGCAAUGUGA